AUAAAUGCCAAGAAAUCGUCCGACUCCAACCAUUCCCGCGUGUUCUGCUCUUCCCGACCCCCCCUGUAGCCGAACAAAAAGAACCCAGCCACCGACAGCCCUCCUCUUGAGAAAACCGGUGAGAAAGCUUGGUUUUUGGCCUUCUUUUCUUGCUCUAGAACACAAAUUGAACCCAGAAAUUCUCCCCCCCCCUGCUGCAAAAUCCGGAUCUGCUUUGCUCUGUCCGCCGGCUGCUCUUGUUGUGGGGGCAAAUUGCUUGGGUUUUGGUUAAGAAACAGCCAUUAAAUUCCUUUGUUCUUGCUUGAAUUGGCUUGGGUUUACCUUAAUUGCUCUUGGUUCCUUCAAUUUUUGGUAGCCCGAGAGUUUCCCUGCAGAUUGCCGCCGGCUUCUCCCCCUGCCAAGUCCGGUUUUUGGCUGCUAAAUUCUGGAAGCGAAACCGAGGACGGGGAAACCACGGGAAGUGACGAGUUAGAAGGCUAGCCAUUUCGGGAUUGAUAUAGAUUCUAGAAAUCAUGAUCUUGUAAGCUAGGGUGUACUUGGAGAUUUUAUGAUAUCAGAGAAAUUUUAAAGAUUUGAUCUUCAAAUUUUGGUGGUAUCAGAUUGUGAAUUGGAU